AAAAGAGACAAGUGCCAGCGACUGUUCGCUGGUCACUGUUGUCGCGUCUACACCACCGGUGAACGUGGAGGUUUGAGUGUGGCUACGAGAGUGUGAUGAUGCAGUGCGACUCACCGCGAGUCUUGCGAUCGGGCCCGGCCCGGUAGCUCGAGCUCUCUCGCGGGCUUCCAUACACACAACACACCUGUCGAAACGCUCGUGACGCAUGGACGUUAAGAUGUUGAAAUUCAAUCAGCCUCAAUCUCAGAUUCCUCUGUGGCACGAGUAAAAUGUAUAAAUUUUCAGUGGUGAAUUUUAGGUCAAUUCAAUGGACGAUCUCAUCGAAAGAGCAUCGUUAUGAAAUGUGUGGAUGAUUGACAAAAAAAAGUCAAUUAAGACGAUCGAAUCGUCAUGAAUUCUUUGAAGAAUUGGAAGGAAAAUUACGGAAAAAGAUACUGAAUGACGAGAGAAGUUUCUCGUUGUGCGUUCGAAGAAAUAUAUAUUUGUGUGACGAAGCAACUGACUGAGAGUGAAAAAAAUACGUGAACUGAACGACGUAGCAGGUAGCUAUAUAAUGUUUACGUGUACGAGUGUAUACACGUACAAGGAGAUUCGUCACUGAAUCUAUUUGAACAAGAGGUGUCUUCGGUGUGUACAUCGUGCACGAAACAUGGUGGAUUUCGAAUUCGAGGUGCUCGUAUCAAGCUCGCUGACGUUUCCGUUGCGGUUAUCAGGCCUGGGGAACAUGGCACCGCGGUGAAAAUUCGUCCAGUUUGUGAAACUGUAGCCUCAGCCUUUUUCAAUGUUUAUUGAUAAAAGCAGAGUGCGAGGUGGAAAUAAGUGCGCGGAAGAUCGUUCUCUCAGCCGGGCCCAGGGGCGCAUGAAUCGAUAAGCACUUUGCGUGGGGCUGCGAUAAGAAGAAAAAAGGCCAAAUACAAAAUAUACUGAUCGGUGAAAUAUCUCGUUUGACUUCCUGGUUCGAAGACUUGGUGACUAGAAACGCGAGUGUUACGUGCACAAUAUCUGGAUCCAGGAAAUUGCGAAAACUCGGCGGUGCGCUCCACCGAUACCAAUGGAAAAGCAUUUUUAACUGUAACCACAUGUAAAGCACAUACACAAUCGCCAUCGUACGGAUAUCACUGGUCGCGAGGGCACGUGUCAAACGUGCGUGCUGGAGUCACACGACCGUGUCGUUCCAGUGCGUUUCCCCGUGCAUCGCCACUGAGAGUACGAGUUUACGAAACACGUUCUGUCUCGAACGGCUCGAACGUUUGUGCGAAUCUAUAUGUAUACGCUGCUUUUGACGUGACGAUGAAGGAGAAUCCAGAACUGCGUUUCCACCGGUGCUCCUUCGACUCGAAGCACUGGAAUAGUUUUCCAGUCGAUGCAACGGGAUCGCGGGGAUAGAUUAUCAACCGCAUCCGAGACACCUCGGACGUUUCGUAUACACCGCAUCGACUCUUCAUGCCCAUGGAUUCUGUAAUUGAAUCGUAGUGCAGUAAACUUUUCUACUGCGACGCUGUGUGUCCCACAAACACGGAGAAAAAAUCGACAGCAAUUAUUCAGGAGCGGUGACCGUUGCUUCAAUCUUCCUGAUCCCAAUAAACUGCACGAUAAACGGACUUGAAACCAAGCGCGUUGUCACGUGACGACAAUACAACGAUUCCGGGCUAUAAUGAAAGAGGUCAAACAGGCGUGGACUGCACUUCUGUCAUCGAAAAACUUGGUGACGAGCGGUACCUCGGCUCCUGGUGCUAGCGACACUUCCAUUCCCGGUAAUAACAACUCCCGAGCAACCUGGUACGACGCACCGGUCCCAGUUAUAAUUCAUGGUCGAACGUUCGACCAGGAAGGGGGCGACAAUUCGAACGCGAUGUCGAGAACAUCGGAUGAAAGGAGUCCGGGAAAUGGGGGAAAUUCUAUCAAAGGAUACAAAGGCUCGAUGCCGAAACGGAGGUUGAGCAAGGAUUCUGGCAUCGAAACGAUCGCUUCGCUGCGCAGAACCUUCCUCGAUGAAUUCCGCAAGUCCAACGUCGCCGAGGAGCUCGGAAAUGAGGCGAAGGUCGAGGGCCAGAGGGAGAAGGAAUGCGUCUCACGGAAUGGAAGACUUUCGAGGUGCACGCUCGUUGUCAGCGAUCCCAGUGAUGGAACUUUGAACGGGAAUUCAAAUUUUGAAAAUAACCAUUUCACGAAACAGGAUUCGCACGAAGAAGUACUGUAUGAGAAUAACGUGGAGGCAGCGCUCAACAGUUUGAGUAAAAUUUGCACCAAAGAACUGGAUAUCAACGCGGAAUCUUCCACUCUGAGAAAUCCCGUUGAUCUUGAUGACUCGAUCGAAGGCGAGGACGAAAAGCGCUCCGAAGACGAAUCCAAUGGGAGUAUCGCGGGAAGGAGGAGGCGGCGGAAGAGCAGCAGCGGCAGCAGGCGACACAGUUCCAGCGUCGAACUGACGGCAAAGGCAACUGUAAAAACAGACAACGAAGGCGUACCUACGAUCAGCUUCAGUUUCCUACGCAGCGAGGAUAACGCCAAACCGUUCAUUCGCGAUAUUCCGCUCGAGGGCGAGGACGAAGUGGAAAUGAGCCUCGAAGUAUCGGAGCCAUUGGUCAGGCAAGAUUUGUACGAUUUCCCGAAACGCGAAUCGAACAAACGCCCGGCUCAAUGCGACGAGGAGGCUGCUGAGAAUAAGGCGGAAGAGAAAGAACCGACCGCUGAACUGCCGCCGAGGAGACUAGUGAACAUUGGUGAAAAUGGCGUUGCACCGAGAUCGACGGAGAUCGAGCUGUACGAUUUCCCCAAGAACGGCAGACCCAAUUUACCAGCUAAAAGUCCAAAGAUUAGCAAGUCCGAUAUUACGCUGAAACAGCAAACGCCGAUGAAAUCUGUGAGAUCUCGAUGCGCCGAAGACAUUGACAAAUUGGAAGACAGACUUUACGAGUCCCCAAUCGAUGCGAAAGAUCUUUCGUGCUCAGUCUCCAAAAGUAGCGAGAUCAUAAACGCCCCGUUCGAGGAGGAGACCGGAACGAAGAAGCUGAGUACCGAAGAGCUUCACCGUCCGCGGGAUCAGAGGAAAAUAGCUUACAGGUCCUUGAGAGCGGGCAGAAGCGUCGGGAGGAUAGAAAUUUUGGAUACCGAAAGAGCCAAAGAUAUUCAAGCUUAUUAUUCGGAUCCGGAGUGCCAGGAAAGCUCAGGGGCUAUUGACGAGUUGGAUAACGUCGAAGGACUGAAAAAUCGAAAACGUCAUCGGCGACUUGGCAAAGCCUGGGGCAAAAUGCGAACCUGGUUGAGGGAGGAGAAAUCACGAUUGGGCGAAGUUGUCACGAGACACGCAAAGAUGCAGGCGGUCGGCGUGCAUCAUCGAAGCGGCAAAUCCGAGAGUGCUUUGUCGAUGGGGAGUCGAACGGGUUCGUACGAUUUGACCGAGGCCCGAACGAGGCAAUUGGGCGAGGUAACACGCGUCGAAGAGUUCGGACUCUCGUCGGUUUCGGAGGAAGGCAAUGCCUCAGAUUCCGAAAGACCCGAAUGGUCGACGGACGAAUUACACGCUGACGACGAUGACGGAUGCGCCUUGGAAGUCGAUAAUAAUGAUGCUCGAGACGAGGAAGACAAAGAAAACCACAGGAAAAGAAACCAAUUGGCUCAUUCUCCGAAUGAUUAUCCGGACGGUGAUUUGGCUUCGGGAAGAUUGGGAAAGACUUUGCGAGCGGAUAAUGCGCACCGAGGGAUGCCAAUGAAAUUAACUCCGGUAUCGUUCAGUGUCGACAAAUUGUGCCCCGACGAGGUCAACGACGAUCCUACCAACGGGAUCCCCCUUCGACGGGAUAGUGAACACACAACCACAUCGACGACAACGACCGCCACGAGAGAUCAUGUUGGGAAAGGUGGUCUGAUUAAGAGGAGAAUGCUCGGGUCAAUCAGGGGGUUAAUGGCUUCCACUCAUCUCCUUCACCAGCAACAAAACGAGACUGAAGAGGGAGGUCCCGGCGGUUUCGAGGAAGUUCGAAGAUACGUCAAACAAGGUGGUGACUUUUGCAAGGAGCUCGCAGCUAUUUUACAUGAGAGAGCUGAACUUGAAGCAUCGUAUUCCAAGGGUCUCAGCAAGCUCAGUGGUAAACUGACAAAAGCCUGUGCGAAGGAUCAAGGUGGAAAUACUAGUGGAGGUGUGACCGAAGCAUGGAGAAGCAUUGGCGAAGAGAUGGAGGCCGCGGCAGAAGCACACCGAGUCUGGGGUGCGGCACUCGGCGAACAGCUCGCUAAGCCAUUGAGGGUGGGAGUAGCCGAGGCGCAAGGUCGCUCAAGGAAAGCGAUCGAGAGCUCGGUCGACAAGGCGUCGAAAUCGUUGCAGGAAUGGCGUGGUAUUGCUGCGAAGAGCAAGAAGCAGAGUUUUUCGUGUGCAAGAGAAAACGAGAGGCUGCAGGAUCUCGCGCGAAUACAAUCGAUAAGCCAGAGCCAACAGAACAACAACAAAAUAUCGAGCCAUCAGAUGACCGAGAAGGAAGUCAAUAAACUUGAAACUAGAAGACGAAAGGCUGAGGACUCGUCACGCCGAGCAGACACUGAAUUUUAUACGGUCAGCGUGAGAGCCGAAAGAGCGAGACUCGAGUAUGAAAGUACUGUGAGAAAAGGAGCCAAGCAGAUGGAGCUACUCGAAGAGGAGAGACUCAGCGCUCUCAAGGAUCUCGCUAACGUUUAUCUCGCACAUUUGCAGGCACUUGCACCGAGACUUCAGCAGAGCGCCGAUCGUUUAUCUUCGCCGGUACGUAGCUGCAAUGUUUCCCAAGAUGUUGAUAUCUUGAAAAACGUUAUUCGAAGAUUGGAGAGCAACGACGGUUCGAACGUCGAUCAGUUAUUGCCAGAUUUUUAUGCCGAGCAUGUAACCCUUGCUAUGAAUCGAGAACGCCGGAAGCAAUCUCUCGUCAGAGUAUUGCACCUGAUAAGGCAAGAUCUCGAGAGAGAAAGGCGCGGCAGAGAAGGCCUGGAGACGUUGCAUCGUGCUUUCAUCCAGACACCGGCAUUUGCCGCUGACGAGAGCACACAGAACGUGACGGAGAAAUUGCAUCACAUGAGAUCUAUGCUGACGUUUCUGGAAGCAGCAAGAUACAAAGUUGGUGGUACACUGGCCGAGAUCGAGGGUGGUAAGAGAGGAAAACAUCCGUUGGCUGAGCACAUACUGGUCUCGCGUGACAAGCAAGGGCUGCAGCAAAGUGUUCUCAAAGUCCCCUCUUGGGCGAAAAACGAAUCGUUCGAGUUUCCGGAGAGCCAGGACGAGCUGGAGCUACAUUUGACGAAGGAUCACGACGCCGAGAGACAAGACUGGGUUGACAGAACAGCCGGUGACGGAAACUCGGAAAAUCCACCGGACGAGGAAGAUUUCAGCGAUUUUGACGAAUUUAGUAGUCAGUCCGAGGACAACAAUAAUCAGGAGGUCGAAAUAGCUGAUAUGACGGACAAGACCGACAUAACCGAGCAGUGCAGAGCAAUAUAUCAAUACUCGGCUAAUUUAAACGAUGAGCUUAGCCUGACACCCGGUGAUCUCAUAACGAUACAUGAAAAACAAGCCGACGGUUGGUGGAUCGGCGAAUGUGCUGGAAGAACUGGUAUUUUUCCGGCCACUUAUGUUCAACUCAUACGCUAACGACGACUAAGAGGUUUAAAACAAGUAAUGGCCUUCGAAUAUGUCGUACAAAUUUCGUAACGUAUUACCCCCGCGUACUUACGAGGCGAGCAUUCAUUUACGUGACGUAUUAUCCAUGUACAUAUAGUUGCAAAUUUGCAAGUGCCAAUCCCUCAAAACGUCCAUUUAUCGAGGAGUCAAUAAUGGACUAACGCAAAAAUCAAUCCCCUCCAGUUGAUCUGCACCUCGAUUUUUCGUGUAGCUCCAAAUUUGUUUGGGGGAAAAAAGGGUUGAGCACUAUUUAUAGACCUCAGCGUUUUAGUUUUGAUUAAAUCGGACUUAACUCACACGUUGUACUGUACGAACUCUUCGAAUAUUGAGCAGUCCUAUGAGUUGCGCGGAGCUCAAAAUAUUUUGAUUUAUUAACUUGGCACGUAAUCGAAACAUCGAUGAAAGAUUUAUAGAUCGCAACACAUCCGACUUCGAUGUUAAAUAACAAAAAAAGUGCACGCGCGAUUUCGUUGCUGCGGAUUCUUUUUUUUUCUUUCUGAUGUUUCCCUACAAAGAUUCAUCGAAACGUUUAUCUGAAAAAGAAAACUUCGUAUUUUCAUAACUGUGUUUCUAGAAUUUUUGGUUAUACCGUACGAGAAACAGAAAAACUUGGCUCUUCAUUGAUAUUAUGGAGUCUAUCGUGAAUUUAUGUUAUCUUUAUCGAACGGAAUUGAUGAAGAAAUCAAAAGAACGUUGAAAUAAGCGGUACCAAAUGACGCAUUUGUAUAUAACAAUAAUUGAAUUGCGAUCUUGUUGAAUUGUACAUAGACAUAUCACCUGUACGAGAGAAUGUUUGAAUAUUUAAAUAAAAAAAUUAAAAUAAUGCAAGUUAAUAUUCUGUAAAUUAAUCGAAGCAAUAAAACAAAAGCGAAAUCUUUGUUAA